CUACUUCUCCUAACAGUGCCACUACAAUAAUUUUCUAGUUGCUAAAAUGGUUUCUUCAUUUGCCACCAAAAUCCCACUUUGCUUACACUCAACUCUCAAUCAUCACAACCCAAAAUUUGUUCCCAAAACCCUUUUUCUUCUUCCCAAAACCCUGACUACUCUUUACCCCAAACUCCAAUCAACUUCAAAAUCCCAAAAUCCAUGCAUUUUAACCUGUUCUUGGAAACCCCACAAAGAAAUUUCCAACUUUUUCAAUGAAAAGAUUGUUUUUUUACUUGUUGGGUCAUUCUUGAUUAUGGGUAUAAAGGCAAAACAUGUGUUAUCUGUACCACAACCAGUUCAAGAAAGUAGUGUUCUUGAGACCCAAGAAGGGGAAAGUGAGGAAGAAGAGAUGUAUGUGAAGUUAUUAGAGAGUAAUCCUAGAGAUGUUGAGGCUUUAAAGACUAUUGUUCAUGUGAAAAUGAGGAAAGGGAAGACUAAAGAGAGUUUGAAGUAUGUGGAGAAGUUGAUUGAGGUACAGCCUAGAGAAAUGGAGUGGAGGCUUUUGCAAGCUCUUUGUUAUGAGAUGAUGGGGGAAUUGAGUAAGGCUAAGAGGUUGUUUAAGGAGAUUUUGAAGCAGAGGCCUCUCUUGCUCAGAGCUUUGCAUGGUUUAGCUAUGGUGAUGCACAAAAACUUUGAAGGUCCCGCUGUUUUCGAGAUGCUGAAUGGCGCUCUAGAAGUUGCUCGCUGGGAAAAAAGAGUCAAUGAGGAGAGAAACAUAAAAAUAUUAGUCGCACAAAUGCAUGUUGUUAAGGGCGAGUUAGAAGAGGCCUUACAGAAGUUUCAACUUCUUGUCAAAGAGAACCCAAGAGACUUCAGGCCUUACUUGUGCCAGGGAAUAGUCUACAGUUUGUUGGACAAGAAGAAAGAAGCAGAUGAGCAGUUUGAGAUAUAUCGAAGUCUUGUACCCGAAGAAUUUCCUCAGAGAGGUUUCCUUGAUGAUGUUGUGUUGGCUGCAAAGACAGAAACUAGGGAACAACUUGAGAAGGAGUUCAAGAAUAAAUUCUCUUACAAGACAUGAAGAGUCAUGCCCUAUUAACAUAUUUUCGACUAGGCCUAUGAUGACUGGAUGCUUAAGGGUGUAGGGAGGGGGGUUGGUCAUAGGAUAGGAUAGAAACAAAAACAUUGCUAAUGUAGAUGACUUUAUAGGUUUUUUUUUUUUGGCUAUGGAAAUCUGAAAUCUAGUCUCCCCUGGAAGAGAAGUUCUAGGACAGUACAUUUUUGUGCUCUGUUCUGUUGGUAUUUCUUGUUUUUGGUAAUCGAGAAAUCCCUGAGGCCAGUUGGCAGUUCUA